GCAAUCGAAAUAAACAAGGAAUAAAAAAAGAAAAAGAAAAAAAAAAGGUGGAAAUGUCAGAAAGGAAGAACGCCGAGUCGUCAGGUCCGGCACGACAUUCGCACUCUGUUCCUGCAGCUUCUUUCCGUGCGUCGAACUAAGAUUUGCCUCUUGCCCUUUUUACAUGCCUUCCCUUCCAGCGACACAUAAUUCCCCCCGAACUUGGUUCUUAACUUCGUCUUUGACCCCUCUGGCCGUUCGAUUGAUACGCCAAUUACUCACUCAUGGCGAUUAUGUCGUCGCCUGCUUGCCGCCGCAAGAAAUCGAGCACGAUGAUCGUAGCGCCGAGUUUCGCGAGCUUGUCAAUGAGUGUAAAAGCAAUCGAAAAGAUCGGGAGGGAUGGAAAGACCGCAUUAGGAGUAUACGCUGCGAUGGCCGCGUAAUGGGUCAAUGCAGUGCGGCCGUGGCGGAGGCCAAACAUGUGUUUGGCCGCAUAGAUAUAUUGCUAUGUUGCACAUCUGAAGCUAUUGUUGGAACCGUGGAAGAGCUGUCUACCUCGCCGGCGACGCAAAAUCUCGUGCGCGAUCAGUUCGAGACCAUUUUCUUCUCCCAAGUAAAUUUCAUCAAAGCCUCGCUCCCGACGUUUCGCGCCCAGCAUACCGGCCACAUUAUGAUCCUCACUAGUCUUGGCGGACACAUAGGCACGCCUGGAAUGCCUAUAUAUACAGCAGCAACGUGGGCACUAGAGGGAUUUUGCGAUUCACUAGCUUACGAGGUCGCGCCCUUUAAUAUUAAAGUAACCAUAGUACAGCCACAUAAGGAGAUACAAUCCUUGACUAACAAGAUUAUUUUCUCUCCGUCGUUACCUGUUUAUGACAGCGAGAAUAACCCUGCACCGAGCGUUAGGGAUAUGCUCACAAACGUGUUAAAUCUAAACUCAGAGACGGCGGUCGAGCCCUCGGAGACGGAAAUUAUUCAAAGAUACCCGAAACUACCUCCUUCUUCAAUGGAUCGCCUUGUGGGUGAAACGGUAUACGCCCUCACUGCUAUCGGCGGGCAUGAGAAUCCGCCGGCGCGUCAUAUUGUGGGUUUUGAGGGAGCCGAGGCCGUGAAAGAGAAAUUAAAGACGGUGACGGAAGAGUUGGAGGACUUUGUCGAAGCGAGUCUCGCUGUUGAUAUUUUCGACUCGGAACUAAAAAACGAGGCUACUCAAGGUAAGCUAAAACCUGAAGGAAAAGCUGAAGGGUCGGGAGGUUCGCCGAGCGUUACGUCGUCUUAGCAAAUCGUGGAUGUUGAUACCAUUGUAUGGAUAUAACGGGAUAUAUGGACGGGUUGGAACAUUACACAUGCAAUGACGGUUGAUAUUGUACAGUUCUCUUUGGCUAUAGCUAUGUGUAUAAAUAUUUGUAUCUAAUUCGAAAAAUACUAGAGCUGUAAUAUCUGUACCUGAAAAGAAAGACAAUAUUGAAGUUACACUUGAGGGGUACAAUUUGAGGUUUUUACUGUUUGACACGCAGUUUUGGCU